GUCAUGAGGCGCGCUCUGAUCAUGGCGCUCCUAGCGGGGAUCGCGUCAGCCACUGGGUGGCACGGAGGUGGCGGACACGGCGGUGGUCACGGUUGGCACCAGCACGUGCCCAUCAAACUGCUCGUGAAGCACGUGCACAAGCCCAUCCCGGUGCCCAAGUACGUGCCUGUGCCCCAGCCGUACCCGGUGCACAAGCUGUUCCCCAUCUUCAAGCCGUUUGCCGUGGCGAAGCCCGUGCCGCAGAAAUACGUGGUCCACCAGUACCACAACAUACAGAUUCCAGUUCCUGUGCUGAAGUUCGUGCCGCACCACACGUCCAUUCCCAUACCAAAACCUGUAGCGCUGCCAAUACCGAUCCACGUGCCCAAGCCAGUGAUCGUUCCAGUGCCGAAGCCCGUGCCGGUCAAGAAGCCGUACCCGGUGCCCGUGCACGUCCCUGUCCCCAAGCCAUUUGUGGUACCCGUCUUCAAGUCGGUACCUGUGCCGGUGCCAAAGCCGAUCCAUAAGCUCAUCAAAGUCAUCAAGGAGAUCCCUGUCUACAUCAAGAAGCCGUAUCCCGUAUACGUGCACGAGGAGAGCCACGGCUGGAAGGGUGGCUGGAAGGGCGGUUGGCACUCGUCGGGGGCACACGAGGGACUGCUGGCAAGCCAGCUGGCCGCGGCUGUACACUCUCACCGCAGUAGGGGAGGAGGAGGAGGAGGAGGUUUCAAGUUCCACCACCACGGCUCGGCCUCCGAGGCUGCGCCCAUCAUCGCUGCCGUGCACCACGUGACACACUCCGGGGGAGGAAGCGGAGGAGGCCUGAGCGCUGGAAGCCUCGCCGCCGCACUGCAGCACGCUUCCAGGCAGUCCGCGCUGGACGCGGUGCGCCACGUUUCGUCGGCUUCGUCGGCCCUCCAGCACGCGGGAGGCUCCCCUCUCGAGGCCGUCCACCACGUGACCCACGGCGCGUCGUCCGCCGCAUCGGCGCUCAGUCACUUGCCCGAACAGAUCGUGGCUCCCGUGUCUGCCGUACACCACCAGCACGCGGUAGCCGUGCCAGCCGUGAUCAAGUACGCCUCGGAAAGCAGCCACGGAUCCUCGGGUCACAAGUCCCACUACGGCAACUACGCGAGCGCGAGCAGCAGCAGCCACUACAGCUCGGGUCGCACCAAGAGCAGGUACUCGCCUUCCUCCUCAUCCUCGUCCUCCAGCUCGGGCUACAAGGCGAGCAGCAGCUACAACAGGCCAUCCUCGGUACGCGGUUCCUCCAGCAGUUCGUCCGGCUCUUCCAAAGGAUCAUCCGGGUAA